CCCACUAAUUUGUAUAGGUGGUGUCUGUGAAACGACGAGAGAAGAGAAAGGAAACACGGCAGAGUAAUAAGAUCGCUGGCUGUCCAGGAGAACGUAGAAAAGCAAAACGACGACCUGAGAAAGACACCGACCCGGAUCUGUUUUCUUGCGAUAGGAUAACGCUUGCAAGAGAGAAAAACGGAAUUGUAACCUUGUACAACCUUCCUUGACUGCAAGAACUUCAGUCUUCAAGAAUCUGCCAAUUAAUUGAGUUGGCAAGAUAUGGCUACUAGACGUGUUCGUUACUCCCCUCUUGCCACAGACGACGAUGAUAUUGCUAUUAAUAGACCAUUUGACCCACGAUUUGAUUAUACACCGAAGGCCUUGGAUAAAGUUCCCUGGAAAUCCAUUGCCCUUGCACUCUUCUUGCUAUUCCUUGGUACAGGACUUUUGUUUCUUUCAUACUUUAUCUUCACUGGUCAUAUGGGGGGAGAGCGUUCUCAAGCAUAUGGCCUUUUAGCCCUUGGCUUCCUUAGCUUUCUCCCAGGAUUUUAUGAGACUCGAAUCGCAUAUUAUGCAUGGAGGGGUGCUCAAGGAUACCGGUUUUCUGCCAUCCCUGAUUAUUAGAGCAUUACUGUAAAAGAGUAACAGAGCUAUACCUUGCAAACUUUGUAAUGAUCAAAUUUGGGGUUGCAACUUGUAUGUUUGAAUGACUGAGAAUAAAAUGGUAGAUGUAAUCGUUUUGAUAGAGAA